UCUUUAAGAGACGAAUCUCCUGGCUCACAAAUUAAUCAUCAAUUUUUGGGUUUAAUUUAUAUUAGUCUAUUACCUAGUAUUGGUACAUUCCGCACGGUAUUACUGGUUUAAUAUUUAACAAAAAAACAGGCGAAAACCCCCCAACUCGCUCUCUUCUAAGAACCUUCUGUAGGAGCCUAAUCGUUCGCGAACGACCCAUCAUUCCAUCGUCCGCUCCUCCAAGGGAGAGGUUUGUUAACAAGAACCCUCCAAAUAGAGUCCAAUCUAACAUUUUAUCUCACUAACGCCACCGUUUAGGGCCACUUGCCUUUCUAUUUUAGUAGCGUGUUUAGUAGCGUCUCAUAAGGGCUGUCAGGUGAAGGGAGACAUUUUUUUCUUGUCAGCACAGACUGCCUUUUUGGACCGGACCCCGCCUAACGACGAGUGUACCUGGUCGAACCAAGUCCGUCCCGAGCGACUAAUCCUCCGAGGACAAACGACAUGGGGUACGGACGGUCAGACAGCUACCGCGUGGCUACCACGCAAGACAAGGACGAAAAGGAGUCUCCCAAGAAAAAAGGAGGCAAGGACAUGGACGACCUGAAGAGGGAAGUCCCCAUUACGGAACACAAAAUGUCUGUGGAGGAAGUUUGUAGGAAGUACAACACUGACAUCGUCCAGGGUCUGACCAAUGCCAAGGCGGCAGAGUACCUGGCCAGGGAUGGCCCCAACGCCCUGACCCCGCCCCCGACCACCCCGGAGUGGGUCAAGUUCUGUCGCCAGCUGUUUGGCGGAUUCUCCAUCCUGCUGUGGAUCGGCGCCAUCCUCUGCUUCCUGGCCUACGCCAUCCAGGCCGCCACAGAGGACGAGCCCGCCGGGGAUAACUUGUACCUCGGUAUUGUGCUGUCCGCUGUCGUCAUCAUCACCGGCUGCUUUUCCUACUUCCAAGAAGCCAAGAGCUCCAAGAUCAUGGAGUCCUUCAAGAACAUGGUCCCUCAGCAAGCUCUGGUGAUCCGUGAGGGUGAGAAGAUGCAGAUCAACGCCGAGCAGGUGGUGGCAGGUGACCUGGUGGAGGUUAAGGGAGGAGACAGGAUCCCCGCUGACCUCCGCAUCAUCUCCUCCCACGGCUGCAAGGUGGACAACUCCUCCCUGACUGGCGAAUCAGAGCCUCAGACCCGAUCACCUGACUGUACCCAUGAGAACCCUCUGGAGACCAGAAACAUUGCCUUCUUCUCCACCAACUGUGUUGAGGGCACAGCACGUGGUAUUGUGGUGUGCACGGGCGAUCGCACCGUGAUGGGCCGCAUCGCCACCCUCACCUCAGGCCUGGAGACCGGCAAGACACCCAUCGCCAAAGAGAUCGAGCACUUCAUCCACAUCAUCACCGGAGUGGCCGUCUUCCUCGGCGUGACCUUCUUCAUCCUGUCGCUCAUCCUGGGGUACUCCUGGUUGGAGGCCGUCAUCUUCCUCAUCGGCAUCAUCGUCGCCAACGUGCCCGAGGGCCUUCUGGCCACCGUCACCGUGUGUCUCACGCUGACCGCUAAGCGGAUGGCCCGCAAGAACUGCUUGGUGAAGAACUUGGAGGCCGUAGAGACUCUGGGCUCCACCUCCACCAUCUGCUCCGACAAGACUGGCACCUUGACCCAGAACAGGAUGACUGUGGCCCACAUGUGGUUUGACAACCAGAUCCACGAGGCCGACACCACUGAGGAUCAGUCUGGCUCCUCUUUCGACAAGAGCUCCACCACGUGGGUGUCCCUGGCCCGCAUUGCCGCCCUGUGCAACCGUGCUGUGUUCAAGGCCGGCCAGGAGGCCUUGCCCAUCCUGAAGCGCGAGGUGGCCGGCGACGCCUCCGAGUCGGCCCUGCUCAAGUGCAUCGAGUUGUCCUGUGGCGCCGUCAAGACAAUGAGGGACAAAAACAAGAAGGUCGCAGAGAUUCCCUUCAAUUCCACCAACAAGUACCAGCUCUCCAUCCAUGAAAGCGAGGAGGAAAGCGACAACCGCUACCUCCUGGUAAUGAAGGGGGCUCCAGAGAGGAUCCUGGACCGCUGCUCCACCAUCAUGCUGCAGGGCAAGGAGCAGCCCAUGGACGACGAGAUGAAGGAGGCCUUUCAGAACGCUUACCUGGAACUGGGGGGACUGGGAGAGAGAGUACUGGGGUUCUGCCACCUGUUCCUGCCGGAAGAGACGUACCCGAAAGGUUUUGCCUUCGACACGGACGACGUCAACUUCCAGACCGACAACCUUUGCUUUGUGGGCCUCAUGUCCAUGAUUGAUCCUCCCCGUGCCGCUGUACCUGAUGCUGUGGGCAAAUGUCGCUCUGCUGGCAUUAAGGUCAUCAUGGUGACCGGGGACCAUCCAAUCACGGCCAAGGCCAUCGCCAAGGGCGUGGGCAUCAUCUCCGAGGGCAACGAGACUGUGGAGGACAUUGCUGCACGUCUCAACAUUCCUGUGAGCCAGGUCAAUCCCCGGGAUGCUAAAGCCUGCGUGAUCCACGGAACAGACCUGAAAGACCUCAGCCAGGAGCAGAUGGACGACAUUUUAAAGAAUCACACGGAGAUUGUCUUUGCCAGAACCUCCCCUCAGCAGAAACUCAUCAUUGUGGAGGGCUGCCAGAGACAGGGGGCCAUUGUGGCGGUGACAGGCGAUGGCGUCAACGACUCUCCCGCCUUGAAGAAAGCAGACAUCGGCGUUGCCAUGGGAAUCUCUGGCUCCGACGUGUCCAAACAGGCAGCAGACAUGAUCCUACUGGAUGACAACUUUGCCUCCAUCGUGACUGGAGUCGAGGAGGGUCGUCUCAUCUUUGACAACCUGAAGAAAUCCAUCGCCUACACGCUCACCAGCAACAUCCCCGAAAUCACUCCCUUCCUGUUCUUUAUCAUGGUCAACAUCCCUCUUCCUCUUGGCACCAUCACCAUCCUCUGCAUCGACCUGGGAACUGACAUGGUGCCAGCCAUCUCUCUGGCCUACGAAGCAGCAGAAAGCGACAUCAUGAAGCGUCAGCCCAGGAACCCGCUGCGGGACAAACUGGUCAACGAGAGACUCAUCAGCAUCGCCUACGGACAGAUUGGCAUGAUCCAAGCUCUUGGAGGCUUCUUUGCCUAUUUCGUCAUCAUGGCUGAAAAUGGCUUCCGGCCCUCUGUGCUGAUGGGCAUUCGGCUCAACUGGGACGACCGCUCCAACAACGACCUGGAGGACAGCUACGGCCAGCAAUGGACGUACGAGCAGCGCAAGAUAGUGGAGUUCACGUGCCACACGGCCUUCUUUGUCAGCAUCGUGGUGGUGCAGUGGGCCGACGUCAUCAUCUGCAAGACCAGACGCAACUCUGUCUUCCAGCAGGGCAUGAAGAACAAGAUUUUGAUCUUUGGCCUGUUUGAGGAAACAGCCCUCGCUGCCUUCCUGUCCUAUUGCCCCGGAAUGGACGUGGCGCUGCGCAUGUACCCCCUCAAGCCCAGCUGGUGGUUCAUCGCCUUCCCGUACAGUUUCCUCAUCUUUGUUUACGACGAGAUCCGAAAACUCAUCCUGCGCCGAAACCCUGGAGGUUGGGUGGAAAAGGAGACGUACUAUUAAAUUAUCAAAGCAUCAUAUAAACGUCUCAUCCUCCUCCCCCUGCCUCUCCCUGACCUCCCCCCCUCCUCUCACUCCCUCGCUUUCCUCCCGGUACUCUCUCUGAAGCCCCGCCCCUCCCACGCUCGCACCGACAGCUGAAUGGCGUGCGAAGGCGGGAGGCCGUCCAUCGUUGUUUACAUUUAGAUGAGUGCACGUCGGCAUGGUAACGAGGCGCCCGCUCGACAAGAUGUUUACUCUUUCUCCAUCCUCUUCUAAGAAAAGAAAAACCAAAAAAAGAAACCCGCCAAGAUGUUGCUAGGACCAACAACAGAGGGGGAGAGGAUGCUGGCGUGGGACACAUCCUCUCCAUCCCUGUACAUACAUCCAGCACGAGCCUGCCAUCCGCCGCCGUCGUGCCCAUGCUUGUUGCCAUGGCGCCUGAAGCCGCCACCUCUGCUUUCAAAAUCAAACCCGACUGUUCCGCCGCCAUCGUGUCCACGCCAGCUACUGCCAACAUACCAGCUGGCGAGGGGGGGGGUGAUAGUUUGUUGUUUUUCUUUGCAUCCAGCUUCUGUAUCACUGCCGUCUUCAUCCCUCCUUUUUCUAUCUACUCACUGCCAAUCUUCUACUGCCGCUCCUCCUCCUCUUCCUCCCUAUCAACGAAUCAAUCUCACCCUGGAAAGGUCACUUCCUUCUACACCAAACCCUUACUGUUCCCCCUCCCUCCUCCUUGUCUUGUUGUUUUUUUAACAGACUGUGUGUGAGUGUGUGUGUUUUUUUUAAGAUGUUUUUUUUCAUUUGAACAUCUGGGAGUGAGUUUGACACCCGCUCAGUUUCAUUUGAACGUGAUAAAGCACACCGUCCCCCCCGACCCCCCGUCCCAACUCACCCCACCUGUCUUAUCUGUCCCGAUUGGUCCGUUUUGUGAACACCGUGCAACAUCCUCCGCCGUCCUCGUGACCCUCUUUCUCCCACUUUUACCCCCCCCUUUACCUCCUCCCCCAAGCCCUGCUCCCUUCCCUCCCCAUCCUAACCCCAUCCUGUUAACAAAAAAAUUACAAUCUUUCUGUGUCCUGGGAAAAAGAGAUUUCGUUCCGAUUUCAUGAUUUGAACCCGUGUAAAAGUGCAACACCUUCACUUGUGAAACAGCAGCAAAAAAAAAAAAAAACAAUAGAAGAAAAAAAAAGAAAUAAAAUAGAAGGAUCUCUCUUUUUCACUUUGCUCUCCAGUUUGUUUUUGUGUCAUCACAAUGGAAAUAAACGCUGUGAACAGUUGUUACUGAUGUCCCACGUGUCCCAGCCUCUCUUUUGAGAAAAAACAGAGGAAAAAAGUGCCGAUAACCAUAAACAACACUGACUAUGAAGCGCUACGUACAUAUGUCUGUGUCCUGGAUGUUCAGUACAACAGAGCUCAAGCUUUGCAGGCCGAGAAGAAGAGAGUCUGAGCUGCUUGUUGCCCUUAUGUGAAGCGACUCCCAAGAUGUGCUCCUAAGGUCAGGGUGAGUGUUGAGUUGGGUCUGAAUGUUAAAUGUACAGGGGAACCUACUUUCUAACUUUUAAAAUGAACCUUUUAGUCAUCUUUUUUUUUUUUUUAAUUUUAAUAAAAAUUUAGGGGUGCAUGAUAAUUAGUGGGCUGAUAUGUGGGAACGAUGACGUCAUACGAUAACUUUCCAAAUAGCUCUGAUAAUAUAACACUCCUUUUUUCUCCUGCCUUUUACUGCCUUGUAAUGUAUUUGUACUUUAGUUCCUGUAGCCACUUUUAUGCUUAAUCGAGGCCAGGAAUUUUUAUUAUUUUUUUAUUAUUUUUGGGGAAAAAACACAACAGAAUGAGGUUGUGAUAUUUCCUGGAAACAGGAAAACGGCAUAUAGCUCGCAGGAAAACUAAUGAAACCCCAGCUGAGCUGAAUGGAA